GGUACUGGAUCGGAUUGCAAGACUAUAAAUCUAAUUGGAUUGGAUAGGAAGACACAACAUGUGGAUCGGGACAUCCCUAGUUCCAACUAUAGAGGGAUCAUACUCCUCACUACGUCACCGUCAUGGAGGAAGUAAGAGUGUUUCCCCUGACCUGUGCUGUGCAGAAUUACGCGUGGGGAAAGGUGGGGCUGGACAGCGAGGUGGCCAAACUGGUGGUUGGUGGAGACCCGCUGGCUAUCAUCGAGGAAGGCAAACCUUACGCAGAGCUGUGGAUGGGUGCCCACCCAAAGGGAGACUCCCAGAUUAAAGACAACAGGAUAGCACAGACCACGCUGGGUCAGUGGAUCGCACACUUCCCAGCAUGCCUGGGCUCCAAAGUCAAGGACACCUUCCAGGGUCAGCUGCCGUUCCUCUUCAAAGUUCUCUCAGUCAACACAGCUUUGUCCAUACAGGCUCAUCCAAAUAGAGAGUUAGCGGCUCGUCUCCACACUCAGUUUCCGGAGCACUACCCAGACGAUAACCACAAGCCAGAAAUGGCCAUCGCUCUUACCCAUUUCCAGGGCCUCUGUGGCUUCAGGCCAGUGGAGGAGAUCCUUGGAUUCCUCAAAUCUGUCCCAGAGUUCCACGCUCUGGUGGGCAACGAGGCUGCCGAGGAGCUGCGGUGCAGCCUGGGAGAUGCAGUCCGAACCAGGCAGGCCUUGAAGAAGUGCUUCACCAGGAUGAUGAACUGUGAGAAGAAAGUGUUUGUGGAUCAGCUGAACAUGCUGGUGAAGAGAGUCACUGAAGACGGCGCAGCAGCCAAGGAUACAUCCAGCAGCAAUGGUGAGCUGCUGCUCCGCCUCCAUUCCCAAUAUCCUGGAGACAUUGGCUGCUUCUCCAUCUACUUCCUCAAUCAUGUGGUAUUGGAACCAAACCAAGCCAUGUUCCUUGGAGCCAGUGAGCCUCACGCUUACCUGUACGGAGAUUGCAUCGAGUGUAUGGCGUGCUCCGACAACACGGUGAGGGCUGGCCUGACCCCGAAAUACAUCGACGUCAACACACUGUGUGAGAUGCUCAGCUACAUCCCGGCCCCUUCUGCUGCCAAAAUUUUCCCGUCAGUCCAGGAAGGCUCGGACCCAUGCGUCACCAUCUAUGACCCCCCUGUGCCAGACUUCACUGUCAUGAGGAUACAGGUCCCGGCCUCUGUGAAGCAGUACACUGUGGCGCCGGUCGACAGUGCCAGCAUCCUCCUGGUCAUCGAAGGAGACGCCACUGCCACAUCGGCGGGCGCGCUUGCUGAUGUCAGCCUGCGGCGGGGCACCGUCUUGUUUGUGUCCGCCAACGAGAGUGUGCUUCUGCAUGUGAGCUCCCACGCGGGUGUGACCAUGUUCAGGGCCUGCUGCCUCCUGUAGGUGUGAGUCAUGUGUGUGAUGAAGUGUGAUGGUCCCCAUGUAUUUUUGAGGGUGUGAACUUUUAAACUCAUCAGACAGGACCAACAUCUGGGGCCCACGCUACCUUCAGCUGAGCGGCGGUCCCAGUCAUUGGCGACCUUUUUGUUUAAGUGAUUAAAAUUAGCAAAUGAUUCCACUUGGAACUGAUGAUCACAUGAUCUAGGAUUCCACUUGAAGCACCUGCUGGUGAGUUGAUGUCCUCACCAUCCUUCAACACAGUGUGGUUAAAAGCACAAGAGUCUUCUGCACCUCAACAUUUUUACAAGUUAAACAGUGAUAAUCGAUUAAUUUGUAUGUUUUUAAUUUCUUAAUAUGAAGCUUCACUUUUCCUUAUGAAUGCAGUGAAUAAUGGAAUAAUGCAAACACAUUUUAAACUGUGAAAAUGUGGAAAUAUACACUGAUGACGAAUGCUGAAGCAUAUUUGCACCGGUGCAGAAAGCGUUUACGUUUAUGUGGCGUGACGAAAUUAUAUAAGCUGCACGUGUUUCCAGUUGAGCAUCAACAAUUGGAUGUUGUGGAGCUGAGGGGAUGCCCGUGGCAUGUUUAAAUGUACGCAGAAUGACUGUGGCGUGGUACUGCCCGUUGCCAGCAUGCUGCAGUGAAGUGGUGGAGACUACUGUACAACAAAGCAUGACUAACAAGCAAACAAGAAAUGCCGACAAAAUGAUGAAAAAAAGGAAUUUACAGUAUUUGAAGCUACAUUUUGUAUGUUUUCUCCUUUGUACCAUCUCCUGAAAACAUGGCGUAUGUAUACAUACCAGGGAUGACCACUGCACCCCUCACCAUUAUGAUAAUAAUUAUUCAAUUACUGAAUAAUUUGUCAUGUUAACUAUGGCCAAGAAGUGCACUUUGUUCCAAGCAAAUGCUAUGACGUAUCGAAUAUUGUGUUAUUGUGUUGCAUAUUGUCACCAAUCUGAACGCAGUGAUGUCUCCCCUUCAACUAAUACUGUAGCGUUUAUGGGUUGUCGCUGAAAGUUACUGCAAGGUGUCAGACGUAUUUUUACCGUUUUUCGCUUUUCCUCCAAUCAUGUCUGAUACCCUAACUUGUGUCUUGCGUCUUUCAAAGGCACACAGAGACAAGUUGAUGCUUUGUUUUACCAGUGUUGUUGUUGACACUCAUGUCUGUACUUCCUACUGUAUUCCUCCCACAAAAGCACGUUUUUUAGCAUUUUGGGAAUGCUGUAGCAUGGAAACGCAGAGAACAUGGACAAACUGCGGUGUAAUAAAAGAUUUGUGCUGUAACUUUG